AACAUCUAAUGAACAUCUCAUCAAGGUCUCCAGCAGUCAGACAUGUCUCCAGUGCCCUGCCUCGUCCUACUGCUCGCCUUUAGCUAUGUGAGCACCUCAGCAUUACCUGAUGCAGAAAAGAUAUUACCAAUACCUGUUUUUGACUUUGAGAAGCCGGGGACUUGUCCUGCGGAUGUGGACUACCCGAGGUGUGACAAUCCCGCGAUUCACUACUUACCAGAUUGUAAUCAAGACCAAGACUGUGAGGGGGAGAAGAAAUGCUGCUUCUCAGGAUGUAAAAACCGCUGCCUGCUCCCUCUACAAGUUAAGAAAGAUUCCUGUCCAUACUUCAACCAUUCGAUCUGUGUGCAUGUCAGGCCUUCACCUUCAGAGUGCCACUCAGAUGAUCAGUGCCAAGGAACCGACCGCUGCUGCUGCUCAGGCUGCAACCGCCGGUGCGUCCCAACAGUGACAGUGAAGCCAGGACAAUGUCCAGCACCAAAGAAAACGUGCUUCAAAAUUGAUUCUGCACAGUGUAAAACUGACAGCAGCUGCACUAGGAAUAAGAAAUGCUGUGACCGGUGUGGACUGAAAUGUGUGACUCCAGAACAGGAACAUGAUGGGGUAUGCCCCACCAGCAUCGAGAACUUGUCCUGCCUCACAUUUUAUAAAGCCCUGUGUAACCGAGACUCUGACUGCCCACGGAAGCAGAAAUGCUGCCUGUCCGAUAACACCCUGCAGUGCCAGGCAGUUAAGAAUGAAAAACCUGGAUCCUGUCCUAUUCCGAGCACUCGGUGCAAGACUCCUCUUCCCGCUCCUCUGUGUACCUCUGACAGAGUCUGUCCUGGAGACAAGAAGUGCUGCACCCCUUUAUGUACCCAGGAGUGCACAGACCCCCUUAUAGAGAUGAAGAUACCCAUAUCCUUACCCUAAGUGUGCACCUCUUCCAACCAGAAAAGCUGUGAUGUUGGCUGAAAAAUGGAAGUGUGGUUUGGUGGAAGUGUGAAGUCUUCAUUCAACGCAAAAGUGGAUAAUAAGUAUAGAUGUGAUGUUCAGAACUUUUUCCGCACAUAUAAAACUGGUGCUUGUGGUGACACAACAUGCAAUAAAUGUUAAUUAUAUCA